AUGGGGGUAGCAUGGGUGAAUGGAUCCAUUAACUGUGGUGUUUCCUGGAUUACUCGUGAUUCAAGCGGGAAAGUCCUAAUGCAUAGUCGAAGAGCGUAUUCAGCAGUUCACUCUCUAGAGGAAGCAGAACUAUGUGCUACCUUAUGGGCAGUAGAAAGUAUGCAAUCCUUAAGGCUUGAUAACAUCAUCUUCGAGUCUUCUUUUACUCGUGCACGUCGCUUCUUAUAUCAUUGGGAUGGUCAGGUAUGUGCUCUUGAAUCCCUUCGUGUCUCAAACAUCAUCAACUCAAAGUUGCAGCUUUUAUCGGCUUGGCGUUUUGACCAUGUUCCUCCUGAAAGAAACUCCAUUGCAUUGAGAAUAGCUGUAAGUGUGACAUCGGAACAUCGGUACCAAUCUUAUGUCGCAAGAGAUGGACCCGCUUGGCUUCAUCAGGCGAUAGCAAGAGAGGCCUAA